GGGCGGGGCGGACUGGGGGCCGGGACUGGAGCUGGAGUUUGGGGUCUGCGGCCCGGUUGUGGUUGAACGCGCCCAGGGUGGCCCUGUUUUCAGCAGGCAUGUCAGAAGAGGAGGGGGCUCAGGCCCCCAGACCCAGCUUGUGGGAGCAGGACCAGCAGAACGCGGUGCAGCGCGUGGCAGCCCUGCCCCUGGUCAGGACCACGUGCACCGCAGUCUCCGAUGCUUAUAGCGCCGCCAAGGACCGGCACCCGCUACUGGGCUCCGCCUGCCGCCUGGCUGAGCACUGCGUGUGCGGCCUGACCACCCGCGCCCUGGACCACGCUCAGCCACUGCUCAGCCACCUGCAGCCCCAGUUGGCCACCGUGAAUGAUCUCGUCUGCAGGGGCCUGGACAAGCUGGAGGAGAAGCUGCCCUUUCUUCAGCAGCCUUCAGAGACGGUGGUGACCUCAGCCAAGGAUGCCAUGGCCAGUGGCAUGACAGGCAUGGUGGGCCUGGCCCGGCAGGGCCGCCGCUGGAGUGUGGAGCUCAAACGAUCCAUGAGCCAUGCGGUGGACGUCAUGCUGGGCAAGUCAGAGGAGCUGGUGGACCACUUCCUGCCCAUGACUGAGGAGGAGCUCGCGGCACUGGCAGCGGAGGCUGAGGGCCCGGAAGUGGGCUCCUUGGAAGAGCAGAGGAGACAACAGGGCUACUUUGUGCGCCUGGGUUCCCUGUCAGCACGGCUCCGCCACCUGGCAUAUGAGCACUCUCUGGGGAAACUGAGGCAGAGGAAGCACCAUGCCCAGGACACGCUGGCCCAGCUGCAGGAGACGCUAGAGCUGAUCAACCACAUGCAGUGCGGAGUGACCCCCAUCACCCCAGGCCGGCCAGGGAAGGUGCACCAGCUGUGGGAGGACUGGAGCCAGCACCCCCCAGAGAACGGCCGCCGCUGCCGCCGCCGAAGCCAGGCAGAGCUGGAGACCCUGGUGCUGUCCCGCAACCUGAUGGGAGAGCUGCAGAGCACGGUGGACUUGCUGGAGACCAGCGUGCGGGGCCUGCCCCCCAGCGCCCAGGAGAAGGUGGCUGAGGUGCGGCGCAGCGUGGACGCCCUGCAGGCCGCCUUCGCCGAUGCCCGCUGCUUCAGGGAUGUGCCAGCUGCUGUGCUGGCCGAGGGCCGGGGCAGCAUGGCCCGGGCCCACGCCUGUGUGGACGAGCUGCUGGAGCUGGUGGUGCAGGCCAUGCCCCUGCCCUGGCUGGUCGGGCCCUUCGCGCCCAUCCUGGUGGAGCGGUUGGAGCCCCCUCCUGAUCUGGAGGCCCUGGUGGAUGAGGUCGUGGGGGGCCCCGACCCCCGCUGGGCGCACCUGGACUGGCCGGCCCAGCAGAGAGCCUGGGAGGCCCAGCACGGGGAUGGGACAGGCCUCCCGGGGGACGUUCCCAAGGAGGAGCCUGAGCCUCCCAGCCGCCCCAAGCACACCCUGAUGCCAGAGCUGGACUUUUGAUCCGAUAGGACCCUAGGGCAGCAGAGGCAGCAGGAGGUGGUCACGCACCUCGAGAACUCUGCUGCCCCAUAGUGGCCUUGAACCGCUUCUAGCAGCUGAUGUCUUGGCCUUGGCCCCUGCCCAGCAAGGAUUUGGGGGGUGGGGGCCAGAUUCAGAAUCCUAGAUCAGUUUCAUGAUAGCAGAACAUCCCCAGUCUUUCCCUUGGACAUAUGAGGACUUGAACCCAACUCAGGCAAGACGAGCCCCCAGCUGGGCUCACUGCCUGUGGUCCCCUUGCCCCACCCCCAAGAAGUUGGUCAAAACUCCCCAGAGAAGCACAGGUUUUGCCCACAUAGGAACAUGUGCUUCUCUUUGGGGCUCUGAAAAGUGAGCCCCCCUUCCUCCCCCAGCUUGUCUAUCCUGGACUGAGGGGGCCCCAAAGAUGCCCGGCUGCAACUGUUGGACCUGCCACACCCACUUGCUUCGCCGCUUGGAAUUUGAUCUCCAGAAUAAAAGUGCUGUGCGUUGUC